UGUCAGCGAUUCUUGCUGAUCGAGCCAGUCUGGCGUUAAUCGAGUGCUGCAAAUGUCCAACAGAAAAACGCUCACAAGCAAGCAUAAAAUCGAAGAUCUUAGCUUUUAUGACACUGAUGAACAGAGAAAAAUUGUGACUAGUGAUCUUGACUGAGUGUUUGCCAUGCAGCCAAUCGGGGAUGCAGAUAUCGGAGUGUCAACAUUCUAUGCCUCUAGGUAUGCUAAUGACCAGUGUGGAGCAGAUGGCCUCCCGCUCACUCCUAGUUCCAUCAAGAUUCUAGGGCGGUUCCAAGCCCUGAAGGUCCUUCACCACCCAAGACUUUGUCAGUACCUGGAUGCUGUCAGGGGUAAACAUGAACGCUUGAUUAUUGUUGCUGAACAUUACAGCAAUAACCUAGGACUUGAAGCCAAGAAAGAAACUUUCAAGGAUCCAGGUCAAAUUCUUUCUGUUAUUCACGAGACGCUAGAAGGGCUGAGUUUUAUGCACAGUCAUGGCCUAGUUCACCGAGGUCUCAGUCCAUCCAACAUAUUACUAAACCCACAGGGCCGGGUGAAGCUGGCAAAGUAUGGACUCUAUAACAUCACCAACUGUGGAGCUGAUGUACCCUUUCCCAUUGGCCAACCAAGAUACAUGGCACCAGAAGUGCUCGCCCCAGGCCCCAUCGUACCUACCAACGGAGACACGCCCACCACGCCCCUCCCAUCCAAGACCAACAUCUCCUCCGGUCCCAAGGGGGAUGUGUGGUCACUAGGAAUGGUCAUCCUAGAACUGUGCUUGGGUCAGACUCUCUGGCCAGUGGCCACCCUCCCACAGAUAUUGGCCAAGGUGAUGCUGCUGGGGAAACAUGGGGAACAGAAGCACCCUCUGGACACCAUACUCGAUGAGCAUGGGGGGCGGCAGAUGCUUGAGAUGUAUCCUUCUGGUCUGCAGUCAUUUUUGAGAGCAUGUCUGUCAGCGUCUCCUCUAGAAAGACCCAGUACCGCCAAGCUGCUCGAGAGCGAUAUGCUGGUUGGUAUGAAGCCUUCUGAGCUUCUUCCGCCCAGCAGUCUGACCAUGUUCAGAUACCAGGGAUUGAGAUGCAAAGACCUUCAACUGGACACUGACCAGGAUGAUAGCCAGGAAGAGGAUGAGGACCACAUGGCCGAGAGACCAAUGAAAGAGGUUUACUAUCUAUGGACGCUAGCAGGAGGAGACUUGGAAGGAGAACUUAAGAAGAAAGGCUUGCUCAGAAGUCAGCCUCCGCUGUGUGCCCUCGCCAAUAUUGUAACGGAUGAUGGCGAUAUGCACGGCAAGGAGAGAGAUACAAGCUCUCUGAAUGAUGACACGGUAGUCAUAUUAUCCUUGGAGCAGCUGAAGAAAAGGCUAGAAAACAUAGAGGAAGAGGCCUACUAUCCUCUUCUUGGAGAGAAUCCAAAUGAAGGUCUGCCGACAUCUCAAAGCAGUUCUGAUCUCUCCCAAGUAGCUAGUCUUCCACUUGUGAUCAGAGAAAGAGAUAUAGAAUACCAGUUCCACCGUGUGGUGUUGUUUGACCGUCUGUUGAAGGGUUAUCCGUUCACGAUAGGGAGGAUAUGGAAGGAAGCAAGGACUGAUAUUCCUACCAUGUAUAGAGAUGAAACAUGGGCAGCUUUACUGGGGGUUGAGGGCGAUAUUCAAGCAAACUAUGAUGCCAUAGACAAGGAGACCCCUACAGCAAUGGAUAGACAGAUAGAGGUAGAUAUACCAAGAUGUCAUCAGUACAAUGAGCUACUCUCAUCAGACGUGGCACAUAAUAAAUUCAAAAGGAUACUCAAGGCUUGGGUUGUUUCUCAUCCAGAACUCACAUAUUGGCAAGGAUUGGAUUCGCUCUGUGCUCCUUUCCUCUACCUCAAUUUCAACAAUGAAGCAUUAGCCUAUGCUUGCCUGAAGGCCUUCACCAAAUAUCUCUACAAGUUCUUUAUGAAAGACAAUUCUCCAGUAAUCCAAGAAUACCUUGCAGUGUUUUCCCACAUGAUUGCAUUCCAUGAUCCUGAGCUGAGUAAUCACCUGCAAAGUAUAGGUUUCAUCCCUGAACUCUUUGCAAUCCCUUGGUUUCUCACCAUGUUCUCACAUGUGUUUCCCCUUCAUAAGAUCUUCCAUCUAUGGGACACCCUCCUGUUGGGCACAUCGUCUUUCCCUCUGUGUAUAGGAGUAGCAAUUUUACAGCAGCUCAGAGCAAGCUUACUCAUUGCUGGUUUCAAUGAGUGCAUCCUUCUCUUCUCAGACAUGCCUGAGAUUGACAUAGAGAAAUGUGUGAGGGAUUCCAUCCGCAUCUUUUGCAACACUCCCAAGAGCGCCACCUAUAGGAAGUAUGCACACCCGCCCAAGAAGGUAGAUCGGAUAACGGCAACUUCUCAGAUCAAACCAGUCUCGUACUACAGCACAGACUACCAUGAUCAGCCUAGAUCAGAACUGUCAAGAGAAGCCCUUUCGCAGAAAGACCUGAAAGAAGAAGUGGCUCCUCGAAUCUCUGCUGAAGAUCUUCUUGAACUCUGUGACCUUCGUGGCUCCAACUCUUCUCAUAGUCCAACCAAGAAGAAUAAGAACAGCAAGCCAAUCAUCCUCAUCGUUGACAUCCGGUCUAGUGACGACUUCUCAAGAGGACAUAUACCAGCCAGUGUGAACAUUCCAUUCAACUCGGCUUUCUCACCCGAAGGGGACUUGAUUCCCUGUCCUGCAGUGACGCAGCUGUAUAACCACAGGGGCAGGGUGGUGACGGUGGUAGGACACAAGGGAAAGAAUGCACCCAAUUUUGCAAGAGAGCUGGUCAAGCUUGGCUUCAGCAAGGUAUGUGUGAUGCAUGGUGGGAUCGAUUGCCUCCGCUCGACUGGACUCCUCACCGUCUCUUCACCCGACCUUUGACCCGAUCCUGUCUUCGUAGCGCGAACAACUCUCUUCACGGCCUGUGACGGUAAAGCAAUAGUGAGAGAAAUUUGUUGUAUCCAAAAUAUUCAUCAACAAUGACCUCUAUACGUUUGUAUCGUUUACAUGUAUAUGAAAUGAAUUCUGAUAUAUACACAUUAGGUUGAAUUCUGAUAGCCAUUGUUUAUUUAAACCUGGGUUAACUUACACCAUACAUUUAUGGAGUGACAGUUGUCGACUUAUUCACCAAUUAACAGUUACUCCUAUCCUACUGCAAAAAGUUAUUAAUCAAAAAAAUGUUAAUUAAGUCCCGAAAUAUUACAAAUAUCAAAAUGCAGUACUCUAAUUAAUUCCGAUUAAUGUGUAUAUUUUAAUUGCCAUGAAUAUGGAAGCCAUGGAAUACUAUGAAGCCAGCAUUCUAGUUAGACUGGGAUUAAACCUAGGUAUAAUUACCAGUAUACCACCCAUUAUGUAUUAGACACACUAACCAUCGUUAUUUGCAUCAGUAUAGAGAAAUUACACAUCGCAUCAAAAUUAUUCUACUGCAUUGAAAAACCAUUAAUGUGAAAAUGGAUUUUUUUUUUUCUUUACAGAUUUAAAAUGAUACUCCAGGCUGAAAAUGGAAGUGUGUAAUAAAUGAAAUUCAACAAGCAAAAUGCUGAAAAUUUCAUCAAAAUCUGUUCGUUGAGUUAUUGAAUAUUUAAGUUUUGCAUUAUUUUGCUUCCGCGCAUUAGUACGCAAUAGAUGGGCUGAUGAUGUCAUGUCUCCAU